AUGAUGAACUCAUCAACGACCUUAAGCGAUGUGUUUAGAUCGCAUCCUAUUCGCAUCCCACUCUCAAACUUAGCCGACUUCCGUCACCUCCCGGAUUCUUACACGUGGACCCCCGAAGACGAUCUCCUCUUCUCCGCAUCCGACUCCGACGAAUCUUUACCGUUCAUCGACCUCGCCGAUCCCCACGUGGCCGCUCGUGUGGGCCAUGCUUGUACCGCUUGGGGGGCAUUCCGGAUCACUAACCACGGCGUGCCCUCACGACUUCUCGACGACAUUGAGUUCCUCACAGGAAGUCUUUUUCGGCUUCCCGUCCAUCGUAAGCUCAAGGCGGCUCGGUCGGAGAAUGGCAUCUCCGGCUACGGCGUUGCUCGUAUUGCUUCCUUCUUUAACAAGCAAAUGUGGUCCGAAGGUUUUACAGUAAUUGGCUCCCCUCUUGACGAUUUCCAUAAACUCUGGCCCAUGCAUCACCUCAAAUACUGUGAAAUAAUCACAGAGUAUGAAGAACAUAUGCAAAAGUUGGCAGCAAGGCUCAUGUGGUUGGCACUAGGUUCACUGGGAGUCGACGAAAAAGACAUUAACUGGGCCGGGCUAAGUUCAGACUUCCAAGGAGCCCAAGCAGCUAUCCAACUAAACCAUUAUCCUAUAUGCCCAGAGCCAGACCGAGCCAUGGGCCUGGCGGCACAUACCGACUCAACUCUCAUGACCAUACUGUACCAGAACAACACCAUCGGUCUCCAGGUUUUCCGGGAUGACGUAGGCUGGGUCACCGUGCCACCUGUCCCUGGCUCACUUGUGGUCAACGUUGGCGACUUGCUCCACAUUUUGACCAACGGUAUCUUCCCGAGCGUGCUUCACCGAGCCAGGGUCAACCACGUCCGAUCUCGCUUCUCCAUUGCUUACCUGUGGGGUCCUCCCUCCGAUCUAAUGAUCUCUCCACUUCCGAAACUCGUUAAUCCUCUCCACUCUCCCCUUUACCCAUCUCUCACUUGGAAACAGUACCUUGCAACCAAAGCUACUCAUUUUAACCAGUCUCUUUCCUUUAUCAGAAACUAUCAUCUGUCUUCAGACCAAAUCUCUUGA